AUCUUAUCGCAGCAUGUUGUAGGCAAGGCCGUUGCCCCACCAUUGCACGCUACGCGGGAAAUCAUUCCCAAUGUUCCGUCACUCAUUCCACUUCAAAAGCACGAGAGGUGACUCGAGGAAACCACCCCAAGACGCACCGCUGGCCAAAAGAUUCUUCCGUUGAUGCCAACAUAAACAUGGCGACCGACACGUCAGCCGGGUUCCCCUGCGCGCUGACCCUCGACGUUCCCUUCCCCGACGCGCGCCUCGCCUCGGUCGCCCUGCAAGCGCUCAGGGUUGACAAGGAGCUUUCGUCGCUGGUGCGGCGCGAGCUCUCAGCUGUUGCCACGGAGGGGUCGUCAGACCCGACGGUUCUUCGAGUCGAAUACAAAGCCGCGACCAACCGCAUGCUGCGCGUCGCCGUCAACUCCUUCCUAGACAGCCUGGCCUUGGUAUUGGAGGUCCAGGAGGAGCUCGACGUAGAUGCGGUAGAACAAAGACGGCGACAAGGAACGAGUGCAUGAGCGUUGAAGAAUAAGGCGGGUUCGAAAUAUAUGAAACCUCCCCACCCUCCGGCGCCUUUUGUAAGAGAUUCUCUUGUCGCGUUUGGCGCAUCAUCGGGACGAGCACAUCACACCGCUCCGCGGGAAGAGGGAGCAGCAAGCACUGCGCCCGUACAUAAAGACCCGGC